AUGGCUAACACCCGCAACGGCCUGCUCCUCGCUCUCGCUGCGACGGGUCUGCUCUCGUCGGCGAGCGCUUUUGACCCCGCCAAAGACCGAUGGCUUUGCAAGCAAGACGACGCUAUUUGUGUCACCUCGUUCGUGUGGUGCUCUACCAACAAGGAGGACUCGGCGAAGGGUUGCUCAUACCCCAACAACACAUGGCCGUACUAUAACCGCGACGAGGGCGACAACCCGGCCAUGGUUCUCUGGGAUAAGGAGUACACCAUUAGCUGGCAUGGAACCGACGACGACUACUCUACUCUCAUUGAGUGGCAUUUCGUGAGGGAUCCUGAGACGCCUAGCAACUCGAGUAGCUUGACUUGGAAGAAGGAGCUCAAGAACAAGGAGACGUCCUACACGUUCAAGUUUAAGGAUCUCGCUGCCGACUUUCCUACCAAGGACCACGACGACAUCGACGCCGAGCAGGUCAAGGCUGCUGCUAGCAACCUCAAGAACCUCUGGGCCGUCUCACAGCCCGACCGGCCCUAUGAGGGCGAGGGACGUGUCCACGGAAACCCAUGGAUGGACAAGUCGUCAAAGUUCAUCGUCAUGGACGAUGACGUGGUGCCGUAUCUUGAGACACAGAGCGAGAAGGCCAGAGAAGAUGAGAGGCGCAAGUGGGAGAAGGGAGUUGCUAUUGGAGUCGGCGUCGGAGUGCCUAUCCUGAUGGCGGCCGCUUUCAUGGUCGGCAAGAUGUUUGGUGGUAAGAGGGAGGAGAAGAGGUCGGGAUACAAGUCUGUGGGAGCAUAUCACUCUGGGUAUAAUGAGCCGAACUUGGGUGGUCACUAA